CAUGGCCGAUAAAGCACAGCUGCAAGAGGCGAUUAAAACACAGGGGGAGGUGGUCAGAAAGCUCAAAACUGAGAAAGCGAGCAAAGAACAGUGACAGGGUUGCUCACCACUUUUCUCCUGUUCUUCCUGCUUGUUCCACGGAUCCCACCAUCACCAUCAUCACCACUGCUCUCCUGGAUUAUCUGUGCCGUAUGUUGGAUUGGAUGCUUCUUGUGUGGACUCGGUUGGACUGUCUGGUAUUGUGACAUUGGUGUGUGUGUGUGUGUGUUUGGACUGUUAAUAAUGGCUGCUCUGGGACUGGUCUCCAUGCGUUUGUGUGCUGGACUGAUGGGUCGUCGGUCUGCUGUGUGUCUGCAUUCCCUGCGUGUCUGUUCUGGAAUGACCAUAUCACAGAUUGAUGAAGAAGUGGCCAGACUGUUGCAGCUCAAAGCUCAUUUGGGAGGAGACGAAGGAAAGCAUGUAUUUGUUCUCAAAACAGCCAAGGGGACCAGAGACUACAACCCCAAACAGAUGGCUAUACGAGAGAAGGUUUUCAACAUCAUCAUCAACUGCUUUAAACGCCAUGGUGCCGAAACCAUAGAUUCUCCCGUCUUUGAGCUGAAGGAAACGUUGACGGGGAAGUAUGGAGAAGACUCCAAACUCAUCUAUGAUCUGAAGGACCAGGGAGGAGAACUUCUGUCUCUGAGAUAUGACCUCACUGUACCAUUUGCUCGCUAUCUCGCAAUGAACAAAAUCACCAACAUCAAGCGCUACCACAUCGCUAAAGUGUACCGCAGAGACAACCCAGCCAUGACGCGGGGCCGAUACAGGGAGUUUUACCAGUGUGAUUUCGAUAUUGCAGGUCAAUACGAUGCAAUGAUCCCUGAUGCAGAGUGUCUGAAGCUUGUCUAUGAGAUCCUGAGUGAAUUAGAUCUUGGAGAUUUUCGUAUCAAGGUGAACGACAGACGCAUUCUAGAUGGGAUGUUCGCCAUUUGUGGUGUUCCUGAUGAAAAGUUUCGCACAAUAUGCUCCACGGUGGAUAAACUGGACAAGCUCGCCUGGGAGGAAGUGAAAAAGGAGAUGGUGAAUGAGAAGGGGCUUUCAGAAGAAGUGGCCGAUCGAAUCAGGGAUUACGUCAGCAUGCAGGGUGGGAAGGAUCUGGCUGAGCGGCUGCUUCAAGACCCCAAGCUGUCCCAAAGCAAACAGGCCUGUGCUGGCAUCACAGAUAUGAAGCUGCUUUUCAGCUACCUGGAGCUCUUUCAGAUCACAGACAAGGUGGUGUUUGAUUUGAGUCUGGCGCGAGGACUGGACUACUACACCGGUGUGAUUUAUGAAGCCAUUCUCACUCAAGCCGUCUCGGCACCGGCGUCUACACCUGCAGAGCAGAACGGGGCAGAGGAUGCGGGUGUAAGUGUUGGCAGUGUGGCUGGUGGAGGACGAUACGAUGGCCUGGUGGGGAUGUUUGACCCCAAAGGCAGGAAAGUGCCCUGUGUGGGGGUCAGCAUUGGCAUUGAGAGGGUUUUCUCUAUCAUGGAGCAGAAGGCAGAGCUGUCUUCAGAGAAGGUGCGCACCACUGAAACUCAAGUGCUUGUGGCUUCAGCACAGAAAAACCUUCUAGAAGAGCGACUCAAACUCACAUCUGAGCUCUGGAACGCUGGAAUCAAGGCUGAAGUAUUAUACAAGAAAAACCCAAAGCUGCUGAGUCAACUUCAGCACUGUGAGGAUACCGGCAUUCCUCUCGUGGCCAUCUUAGGAGAGCAAGAACUCAAAGACGGAGUGGUCAAACUUAGGAAUGUGGCCAGUCGAGAAGAGGUGGAUGUGCCCAGAGCAGAGCUGGUGGAUGAAGUCAAGAAGCGGACAUCGUAGUCUUACAAACAGCCAGCAUAUAAACAGAAGAGAACUGUGGAGCUAUUUAACGCGUCAAUUACAGUUGCGUCAGUCAAACAUGUACACUAAACGAGGAAACAUUCAUUGCAUUGCCUGCACUUUUGAACUGUGAUUGGGUUAUGUCAAUAAACAAGUAAAACAGGUA